UGGAGGAUUUUUUCUAAAUUCUACGAAAUGGAGUUGUGCUUCUGAUUUGGUGAUUAGCUAUGGGAAGGACGGCAAAUUAUUGAAGUUUUUAGGAAUGCCGAAUAACCAUGAUAAAGGAGCAGGACUUCUAAAAAACAUUGUCAAUAAAAAGAUGAGUGUUGAUGACCUAGUGUACAUAGAAGUACAAGUCCUACAGGCCAUUUUGAAUUGUGGUGGAAGUCCAAAUAUUAUUAGCAGCAAAGAUCUCACAGUGCAGGAGUUUUCAAAGGGCACAACCAAACUGGGCGAAAAUGCAAGAAUUGGAAGUUUCGUUUUAUACCUUGAUGAAGAAGAAAACGCUAAAAUUGGAAAAGUUACAAAAUUUCUGAGGUUGAUGUGGAAGGGAAAUUGUCACCCGGUUGUUUUUAUCCAGAAGGUGAUUCCAGUUCAUCAUAGUAAUCAAAGACUGCAAUAUGUAACUACAACCGAGACAACAUAUUUUGUAAAACUAGUUAAAUUGCAAUCAUUAAUUCACACAGUACAUGACUGUAAAGGAGGAAAUUGCCAUCUGAAGGAAGGAAAUGUAACCAAAAGAAUAGAACAGGAAUACAGAAGUGUCAAAAGAACACACCUAAAACACUCUACACAGCAUAAUGUAUAUAUCAUCAACAAAUACAGAUUAACACAUUCUGUGGAUAAAUUUGUUUUUUAAAUUUGGUUCUUUAGAACAACAUGCAGUACCAAAUCAGAAUUAAUUAUAAAAAAGAAGAUGUGGUAUGACUGCCAAAAGGACAACUCGUCACAAGAGACCAAGUGACACUGACAUUAACAACUGUAGGUCACCGUACAGCCUUCAACAAUGAGCAAAGUAAAUACCUUCAUGUACAGUCAUGUAUUGUGUGAAUAGGAUAUUAAAGAAUAAUGAAUGAAAAUAAAAAUGUAACACAUCAGCAAACGACAACCACUGAAUAACAGCUGUAUUUGAACUCCCUUUCUGAAAUCUGACAUAUAUAUUUGUAAGCUUUUUUUCCUUUAAUCGCAUUAAUUAUUUAUCCAAUUUUUCAGGUUGGGUGUUUCAAUGAUCCUCCUUAUCACCCAGUAAUAUCCCUUUCAAAAUGCUGUAGGAAAGUUUUAUAUAAUAGUUUAUUAAGAAAAAUAUCUUGGAAACAAUCACAUUAGUCAUACUAGUGAUCAUCUUUUAACCCUUAAAACUGUAAUUGAUAAAGCAUUUAAAUAAAUAAUUAAGUAAAUAAUUAAUUUUAAGAAGUCAUUCAAAACUGUUAGCAGAGACUCUUCCGCAGAUUAACUUUUUAAGACUUAAACUGUCCCUCUUGUCAAUUUAACAGCAUUGGCUGAACUUGGUAUGUAUCCUGUUUUAAUAAAUAGAAGCCCUGAAAUUGUCUAUUGGCUUUUGGUUGCAUGUAAAAAUUGACUAUAAUUGUUUACUUAAGAGACAUAUAUAAUUAAAGUUUGCACAUGUUGCAAGUAGGCAGAGGGUUUGCAAUAACAAAUUAAGAGUCAUUAGCUUAAUUUUUUACAUGUUUUUUUGGAAAAUCAAAACAAUUUUUUAUAGACAGUAACUUCAGUCUAUUGUAUACAUGCAAUAUAUACUAUACUUAAUGAUAGAUAUUGGAAAUAUUGGAAAUAAAAUGUUUAUUGUUAUAUUGAUUCAAUUAUCUGUAAUAAGGUAAGAAUUCAUAGAUGAUUUAAGGUGGCUGUCCUUCUCCAUCUUGUAUUUUGAAGUAGCAGAUAACUAUUGAUCUAGAUCUUUAAUGAAAUGAGCAAAG